AUGGUGUUAUCUGACAAAGAACUAUUUGAAUUGAAUAAGAAGGCUGUCAGCCAAGGAUUCAAGAUUAAACCAAGAACUACGUAUAACACUGUUCGUGGUGUCAAUGGUCCCUUAGUCAUCUUGGAAAAUGUGAAGUUUCCUCGUUUUAAUGAGAUUGUCAAUUUGACCUUGCCUGACGGCUCGGUUAGACAGGGUCAAGUGUUAGAAGUGAGGGGAGAUAGGGCAAUUGUUCAAGUUUUUGAAGGAACCUCUGGAAUUGAUGUUAAAAAGACUACCGUUGAGUUCACCGGAGAGAAUUUGAAGAUACCUGUUUCCGAAGAUACUUUGGGUAGAAUCUUUGAUGGUUCCGGUAGACCAAUCGAUAACGGUCCAAAGGUUUUUGCAGAAGAUUAUUUAGACAUCAAUGGUUCUCCUAUCAAUCCCUACGCCCGUAUUUAUCCAGAAGAAAUGAUUUCAACUGGUGUUUCUGCAAUUGAUACUAUGAAUGCAAUUGCUCGUGGUCAGAAGAUUCCUAUCUUUUCUGCGUCUGGUUUACCUCACAAUGAAAUUGCUGCUCAAAUCUGUAGACAAGCUGGCUUGGUUAGACCAACGAAGGAUGUCCAUGACGGUCAUGAGGAAAAUUUCUCCAUUGUUUUCGCAGCUAUGGGUGUUAAUUUAGAAACUGCAAGAUUUUUCAAGCAGGAUUUUGAAGAGAAUGGUUCAUUGGAAAGAACAUCAUUGUUUUUGAAUUUGGCAAAUGAUCCAACAAUUGAAAGAAUUAUAACGCCAAGACUGGCAUUGACGACAGCAGAAUAUUUGGCAUAUCAAACUGAACGUCAUGUUUUAACAAUUCUUACAGAUAUGUCAUCUUAUGCGGAUGCGUUAAGAGAAGUUUCGGCAGCUAGAGAAGAAGUUCCAGGUAGAAGAGGUUAUCCAGGUUAUAUGUAUACAGAUUUGUCCACUAUUUACGAAAGAGCAGGUAGAGUUGAAGGUCGUAAUGGAUCUAUUACCCAAAUUCCAAUUUUAACUAUGCCUAAUGAUGACAUUACACAUCCAAUCCCUGAUUUAACUGGUUAUAUUACUGAGGGUCAAAUAUUUGUGGAUCGUCAAUUAAACAAUAAAGGUAUUUACCCACCAAUCAAUGUUUUGCCAUCUUUAAGUAGAUUAAUGAAAUCUGCCAUUGGUGAAGGUAUGACUAGAAAGGAUCAUGGUGACGUUUCAAACCAACUGUACGCUAAAUAUGCUAUCGGUAGAGAUGCAGCCGCUAUGAAAGCCGUUGUUGGUGAAGAAGCUUUGUCUAUCGAAGAUAAAUUGUCUUUGGAAUUUUUGGAAAAGUUUGAGAAGACUUUUAUAUCUCAAAGUGCUUAUGAGAACAGAACCAUUUUUGAAAGUUUGGAUCAAGCCUGGAGUUUGUUGAGAAUCUAUCCAAAGGAAAUGCUAAAUAGAAUCUCACCAAAAAUUUUAGACGAGUUUUACGAUAGGUCAAGAGAUGAUAAUGACGAGGAUGACGAAAAUGAGAAUCCUGAUAAGAGACCUGGCUCCAAGAAGGACACUCCUGCAGAAUCAUUAAUCUAA